UGCCAGAUGUAAGAACGAUUAGCGUAGAGGAUGCUGUUCGUUUCUUUUUUUUUUCCCUACUACAGGAGCUGCCGAUCCAAAGGGCUGGCUCGCCUGGCUCAGGAGUGAUCCCGGGCCACCUGUACCAUCAAGAUCGAGAUCAAGAUAUAAACAAAUUUACGUGUGACAGAACCAAGUCUAGCUCGGCGGCUUAUAAAGCUUUUUACUAGGGCUCAUAGAUCAUAAUCUCACGGCUCUGAACAAACCUUUACUUUGAUUAUUGAACACAUUUCCCCAGCUACAGUGGCAAUGGCACUGCUUAACGUUUCACGCUUGACGAGAUAUUAUAAGCUGUCAAAUGUCCAGGCUGUCCGGCACUACCACAAAGUCUCCAAAUUAUUCCAGCCCCUCAGCGUGAAACCCAAGGAUGCCACUGUGACCAAGGAUGAAGCCAUCUCGAUCUCACAAAAACUGUUGAUGGACACAGGAAUCAUCAGUUUAAGAAGCAAUGGGAUGUUUGCUUUGUUGCCCUUGGGAGAGAGGGUGAUGAUGAAACUUACAAAGCUAAUUGAUAAAGAAAUGAGUUGUAUUGGAGCUCAAAGAUUAUCUUUGCCAUUACUCACAAGUGGAGACCUGUGGAAGAAAACAGGUCGUUGGGAAUCUACAGGACAGGAGUUGUUAAAAAUUGAAGAUCGUCAUGGGAAAGAAUAUGUCCUGAGCCCAACCCAUGAGGAGGCAAUAACAUCUUUAAUGUCAGAAAUAUACCCAUUCUCCUUCAGGCAGUUACCUCUACGUUUGUACCAAAUCAACAGUAAAUUUCGGGAUGAGAUGAAACCACGAUUCGGUCUAUUAAGAUGCAGAGAAUUUAUAAUGAAGGAUUUGUACACCUUUGACAACUCUGUGGAAGCAGCACAUGACACUUAUCAAGAAAUAUGUAGUGCCUAUGACCGUAUUUUUCACCGCCUUAGAAUUCCGUUUCUCAAAGUUACUGGUGACUGUGGGAGCAUAGGAGGCACCCAUUCCCAUGAGUACCACUACAUAUCACCCACAGGGGAAGACACUUUGUGUGUGUGUGAUAACUGUGGCAACUCUAAAAAUGCAGAACUGGUCUCAAGUGAUAAAAGUGACUCUUGUGAUAAGUGUGGGAGUCAUGUGCAUCAAGUUGCAGGUAUAGAGGUAGGACAUACAUUCCUCCUGGGAACAAAAUAUUCAAAACCCCUUAAAGCGUUAUACCAAAAUGAGUCGGGCAAACCAGAACUGCUUCAGAUGGGCUGUUAUGGCAUUGGAGUGUCCCGUCUUUUGGCUGCAAGUGUGGAGGUGCUUGCUGAAGACAAAAACAUAAAGUGGCCUUGGGAAAUUGUGCCCUUCAAGAUUUGCCUGAUAGGUCCAAAGAAAGGAAGCAAGGAGGCAAGUAGUGCACUGUGGGUGGAUCACUUGGCCGAGGUGAUGAGUGGAAUGCCAGGCCUGCUGGAUGAAGUGGUGGUGGAUGAUCGGGAUAGACUCACUAUAGGGAAGCGCGUAAUGGAGGCUAAACAGAGUGGGUAUCCAUUCAUUAUUGUCGUGGGUAAGAGAGCUUGUGAGAUGGUCCCAAUGUUUGAGCUGCUGGACUGUACUACUGGGAAGUCAGAGUUCCUGUCUCAUAAAAUGUUAAUGAAUUGGGUAAGGGAAUUGCCAUGAAAAUAUCUUUUAAGGUUUUCAAGCCAAGAAUGAAAAGUAAGAUCAUGAAAGGAUUUUAGAUAAUUUGAUAUCAUUUAUAUAUAUGAUUACAUUUACUUCAGUGUGUUGGACAAUUGAGAAGGCAAGGCAAGAUGAGCAUACAUUAGAAAAGGGUGAGUAAAAUAGAUCAGUCAGAUUGGAUUUUUAUCUGUUAACAAAUGUGUAUAUCGUUAAUAUAUUUUGUGCAGAUUUGUGUUACUUUUCAUGAAAUCCUCUUGGUUUACAGGAAAGAUAAGAAAGAAAAUUGAUAUAGUACAAAAUGGCAGCAGGGAUGGCAUACUUUGUUCUAUUGUAGCAUGUACCUAGACUAAUCUAAUCUAACCUAACAUAGCCUAACGAGGGACCUCAAAAAUUAUACCAUUAUGCUUUACCGGUGUGGUAUGGAUAUUCUCAGGGCGAUGGAGGUGGGUACAGUUUGGCGGCUUCCUUAAUAAACACAUGGAAUCUCUUCCUUAGGUCUGUAUAUCCCAUCUUAACCAUUGCUUGUGUUAAAAAUCUCGAAUGACUUUUUUUCCUGCUAAACACUGGCACUGUUUUCUUCACCUCCCUCCACUGGUUAGCCAUAUUAACAAAUGACUAGAGCCUCUAUCUGAACGUCUGACACAUAUCUAAAAUAAAUGAAAAAUUUAACUGAACCUGCCGUGGAAAGUCGCAAUUGGUGGCCUUAAGGUAGGAGCACACUUGUUCGCAUCGUACGGACGGCACGCAUCGUACGCAUCGGAUUUUAGUAUUCUUUACAUUAUUUCAAAUGGGUCUGCGCGCAUUUGACCGCGUCGUACGCAUCGGACAUCGGCAAUGCCGACGAGGAUCCCCGAAAGAGCAUUCAAUCCGAUGCGUACGAACGAUGCGGAUGGCCUCUACGGCAUUUGCCGGCAAAUGUGCGACCCCAUCGUCAGUUGCAGCCAGAGCGCCGUCGCGGUCGGAUGCAAACCUUCUUCGGUAUUUAUUUUAUUUUUU